AUGAAGACAAAAUCCCUUGGUUCACUAGAACUUCAGCUUAUGUACAGUAUAAGUGGGACAUGGUUGCUCCGCGAUGCCGUCAAGGUACGAUUUAGGAGAAGGGACCUAACGUGUGGUACAAAUGCGUUGGCGGUCAAUGUGCUCCACAUCCAGAUCGGAGCUAACGACGAUUCCGCAACGUUCACAGACGCCUACGGUAGUGUACCACAACUGUGCAAUCCUCUAAAAUCCAUUGCUGCCGUCGCAUCCACAGCCGCUUCCCAGCCACAAUGCGACAUUUGUUCAUCGCAACCUUGUCUAAACGUGAAGUAUUCGUCAGGCGUUUUUUACAUUCAAAACGAUCAAAUGGUCGAAGUGAUCUACAACGUUGCAGGAAGUCUUUGCGUGCAGAGGUACGGAUGUGAUCAAUACGCUACGUGUACGGUCAGUGGUGAAGCGAUGUCGUGCGUAUGUCUUCCUGGAUUCACCGGAAAUGGAACUACAUGUGUGGAUAUCGACGAAUGUCUUGAUCCCACCACCUGUAAUGCGAACAAAGGCUACGGCAAUUGUACUAACACAAUAGACGGUGGUGGUUGGACUCUGAUGUCAGCUGAUCACGGUAAUGGAAUGGCAGGAAAAACGUAUAAAGAGUAUAUUGACGGGUUUGGGACACCGUCAUAUCAGCAAGUUUGGCUCGGACUUGACUUACUUAAUGGAAUGACGAACUACGAGAACACAAGUAUGCGACUAUCUCAACUUUUCAACACUUCGUAUUGA